AGUCUAUAAUCGUCUGUCGAGCGCGAGUCACGACUCUCUACCGCGCGUCUAUACAAAGAACAAAGUUGACCGUAUCGUCACUCUAAAUAACGUUUUGUGAAGUGUGAUCAGUGGGAAUUGAACCGAAACUGUUCAGGUGUCUCAGGAUUGCGUGUGCUGAGAACUUUGCAAGAGUUUUCGCCGAGGAUUCCACGGACUAAGCAGUUUUGUUUACGGUGCGGUCGGUACCGGCACGCUAAUUGCUGUCGAGGUGCCGGCAUGGAGUGAGGGGCCCCCACGAUGCGGUGGUUCAAGCGUGGGGAGCCGCCGCGCCUGCUGGCCGUCUCGCCGGAAGCGGACAGCUCUGCGCGUGCCCCCAAAAUAGACGUGUCUCCCGGCCGCUAUCCGAAAAGGAAAAGCAGCAGCAGUUCAGUGGAGACGAACUUCUACAACCUGAGCGAGCAGCUGAUCAUCGUGGAGAAGUCCCCGCCGCGCGGGCCCGGCGCCACGCCCGCCUCGCGCCGCAUCUCGCUGCAGAAUACCUUCACGCCGCCACCGCAGGACGCUAACUGCUCCACUCGCAAAAACCGCGGCAGCUCUUUAGAGAAAGAGUACAUGGUACACCGGGAACGACGAAACCCGUUACUCGACAAAGUAAAAAACACUAAGCUGUCAUGCUUCAAAUCCAACGGCCCCUUGCGGCAUGGCGAUGACGCAGCUUCAACUUCCGGGAGCGAGUGUAGCGGCUUCGGCCACGUAGAGGACGCCAUGCACUGCCGCUACCCGGCCGCCCUCUACCCGAGCAGCCACCUCGAAUUCGAAAACCACAAUCCCUGGGUGCGGAUGCCACAAUAUGUCGAAGAUGACGUAUUUAUAACCAAAGACGAUUCAAACUCGUGGAGAGAGCCCUUGGAAAAAUCAUUCGCUCCAAGAGGAUCAAGAUGUUAUAGCUCCGGUUCAGAAUGUGAUAAAUAUUACUCAGUACAUAAGAAUAUCGGAGCAAAACUCUCGAAAUCUAGUGAUCAAAUAUUCAAUGACGAUUAUGAACCUUAUGACAAUAGUCCCAUUCAACAUAUUUCUAACAAAUCUCUCAACAAAAAGACUGAUAAAUAUAAGACUAAAGAUGAAAAGGACACAAUCGGCCCUAGUUCGUGUUUGUCAGCUAAACUACGGGCAAUGUCUGAUAGAUAUUUUAAGCCGUCUUCAAAUAAAUUCUUCACGAAACUUUAUCGACAAAAUAAUGAGAACGCGGAAGAGAUCAGCUGCAGUAAUGAUAAUAUAUUAACAUCAGCCAGUGUGGUGAGCAAGAGCCGCAAAAAACGGAAUGGCGUCAAGGCAAAAUUACGCAGUUUUUCAUACGGAGCUUUACCGGGUUUAGAAGAAUUUCAAAAAACCCAAAAUGCGGUCUUCCAUGACGAAGCAUACAACGUCUCAUGUGAUGACGAGAAUGCACUUAUACAAGACUGUGAGGAUGCGGAUUCUGGUAUUCUAGUCAAUGAAUCAGCCGCAUCAUCCAUUUUUGACAGUGACAGAAUAUCCUCAAGGUGUGAAAGUUCUGCGUCACAUGCAACUUUAGUUCCCUACCAUGGAAGAAGUGUUUCGGGAGACCAAAGCUAUAUUAAAACCAGGGCAUCCAGUCGCAUGAGCCGAGACCGGGGUGAUGGGCAAAGACCCCGGUCGAGAAACUACCAAAGGGCUCUAUCUCUUGAUCGAAAAGAAAUACUUAGACGAAUGCCGAAGAGUGAAGAAAUGACUGAACCUCAAUAUCUACAGCUAACUGAAAAGCAAAGAAUGCGACAAAGAAAUGCUAGUCAAGGAGACUGCGGUAUUCCACCAAUACCACCAUGUCGUAAGCCACUGAGGGGCAGCAAAUCCGAUAAACCAGCAUCUGAGUUCAAAGUUGUCAGAAUAAUAAAACGGAAUCCCAACGAUGAAUUGGGUAUCUUUAUCGCAAAAACUAAACUUUCAGAUGAAGGUCAUUUGGGCUACCUUGUCGCGCAUAUUAUACCCGGAGGUUUAGCAGAAAAAGAGGGCACACUGCGCAUCGGAGAUGAGCUUCUAAAUGUCAACGGUCGACGCUUACGAGAUAUCACGAUGGCAGAAGCCAAAGAAGCUCUUAAAUCUGGUACCUCUGAAAUUGAUAUCGUGAUUUGCAGACUUCGCGAAAAACUACCACCUGAAUGUAGACAACGGGAGCCCCCUCAAAGGACACCCUUGUUGAUGCGAGAAAGUUCUGUCGACUACGAAAACGCCGUCAUAUUGGGCAAGGAGAAACGUUUAGAUAAUAAAAAUGACGUCAAAACAGAGCUGUGCCGUCGGUCGCAGGACGAGACCGCGUGUAAUCAAGGCGCGUUAUCAGCGGCGGACGAGGCAGGGGCCGGCGCGCGCUCGCACUUCCACAAGGGACAGAACGCGGGCUAUAGCAGCAUGAACAACAAGCUGCUCCGGCGGCAAGUCGUCAGCUACGGGGGAGCCAACAAAGACGCCUUCUCGCUCAGCUGUGCUGGUGAGGUGGUGGACGUGGACACUCCAGACGCCCCUGACCAUCGAGCCGAGGAGCGCCGGGACUGCGACCCUCAAACCCCCAACGCGGCCAACUUCUGCACCCUCCCGAGGAAGCCGCGAGCCCCCACUCACUCGUAUCACACCAUCACGUUGGAGAAAGGUCCUGGACGGAAACCACUCGGCUUCACCAUCGUCGGCGGACGCGACUCUCCCCGCGGCCCCCUCGGGAUCUUCAUCAAGAGCAUCCUCAAGCAAGGACAGGCUGUCGACGAUGGGAGACUUAAAGCAGGUGACGAGGUGUUGGCGGUGAACGGGCAGGCGUGCCACGAGCUGGCGCAUGUGGAAGCCCUGGCUUUGUUCAAGGCUGUCAGAAAUGGACCCAUCGAACUACGAGUCUGUCGCCGAGCUAAGAAUCCUCAAUCUACUAAAGCAAAGUCCUGCACAGAUCUGCUAAAUGAUGACGAGUGAAACACUUUAAUUGUAAGUGUAGGUACUCAUCUAAAAUCUCUAUUGAAUUAAUUGAUCCAAUUUGCCUGCGAGAGUCAGUUUGAUGCUCUGACAGAAAUCGUAUUCAGAAUUCGUAUAUCAAAUAGCGAGGAAAAUUAAUUAAAGGAUCAUAACGAUGAAUAGAAUACGUAUUAAUCUAUAAAAGGCCCAAUAUCAUGCCAUCUAGAUAAUACAUGGCUGACACACACCACACCUAACAAUUGCUCAAGCUCAGCUUCCUGAUUACUAAGUUAGAGUGUAUUCAUUGUAACUUUUGCGGGUAAAUAUAACAUACCUACUUAUCAUUUGUUUGUUAUCUAUUCAGGUAAGUAAAAUGUUCAGACUAGAAAGCUCGCAUACGAGACUGUAUUUAUGUAUUAUUUUAUGAAUAAGAUGUACUAUUAUGUAAAAUUUCAUGUUAUAUUAUUACUUCUAAUUAAGUUUUUAUUAAGUAUACAUUUUAAGUAGUAUUAGACGCAUGUAGAAUACACAGCCGUUGAAGUGCAUGUUAAUUAGAAUCGAAUAAUUUUUCAAUUGCAUGACCGAAAUUGAACCCCAGUUUUGUUGUUUAUUGGUAGGGAAUUUCGAAAAUAUUAGUACGUAGGUACUUACUUAAUUAAAUGUGCACAUAUCUCUUUCAUAAUGAAAUGUGCCAUUUGUAGGUGUAGUCAUACUUUAUUAUUAGAAUGAGCACGAUAUUUUUACUUCUCGCUGUAGGUAGGUACUAUCUACCUACUACAAUUCUCAUCUUGUUAGAAACAGUAUAUACUUAUUAUAAAAUAUGAAAUAAUUAUUUGAUUGUGCAUCUGUAGUCUGUAGUCCUUAAAGUGUGUACUAGACGUAUGAGUAAGUACGCCUUACUUGUGGCUCCAUGACUUUACUUGCUACAUGAGCAUAAUUAUAAUCAAGCCAUAUAUAGGCUAAGAAUAAUCGACAUAACAAAUUGCAAUAAUUGCGGUAUCGCUGCAUUUUUGAUAAUACACUCACGGGUAAUGAAAAGGUUGCACUCACAAUAUGCCGACACCAAACAACCUAAAUUUUAUCAAACAUUUAAUUUAACAAUAUAGGUACCUAUUACAGUUUUUAGUUGGUAAUAUCCUGAUGCUCUGUUAAAUGUAUUUCAGUGUUGCAGAAGUCGUAAUUAAGCUAGCCUUUUCCGUUUAGGCAUAAUUUGGUGAUUUUCUCAUAGAACCUUUUCAUUACCCGUACCCGUGAGUACAUAUUGUUUGGAAUCCUUCACAUAAUAUAAAAAAAAUAAUGACCAUGUGAAAAAUGGGAAACUAGUUCAUAAUGGUGGCAAGAAACAGUGGAUAUAAACUAAAUAAUUUGCUUGUCUAAAAAUACGGAUGUACCUUUAUAGUCAAGAAAGAAUAAAGAAAAAAUAUUGGGAACUUUGGAUUUAGACAUAAACAAAAGUGUAGUGUGGCCACACUACAAAAGAAUUGAUGUAUCAAAACUGGAACCAACCGAGGCCGAAAUAUUACAAAAUUUCAAGUCACAAAUUGACAAAAUUCCGGAUUCAUUUCAGGGCAGAUUUUUAAAGAAUGUCUCCUUUUCUUCUUUAAUAAAGGUGUACUCCGUGUCUGCUCCUCCCACGGAGGAGAGCAGUACGAAGCUGUUAACAUCAGAUUACUUCAUAAAAACGACGACGAAGAUAACAUCGUAUCAAAAGACUCCAACGAAAGUGCAACUGACUUCGUACAGGCCACUGAGUGCGACAUCACUGGACUUAAUGAAAGCGUUAAUCCUAAAAGUGCAGAACUGACAUGACUCUAUAACUGAAGUAGAAAUAGUUAAAGAGGUUAAAAUUCCCGCCAAGGAGAUGAUUCAAUUACAUCCUAAAAACUCUAUAAAUGAAUUAGAAAUAGCUAAACAGGUUGAAAUCGCGCCAAGGAGGUGUAUCAAUCACAUCCUAAGGACCCCAUAACUGAAGUAGAAAUAGCUAAAAAUAAAUAAAUUAAGUGGUAAGUUCCUCCCAGGUAUAGAAGGUAAGAGAACGCUGCAAAAUACCCACAGAACAUAACCUUGGCCAAGUCAAGCAGAGGCACUACCUCCAGGAUAUUCGGAACAAGUUACGAACCUUUACAAAAAGUUUACAAAAAAGGCCGAAAUGGUAUAGAAGUCAAAAGGAGAGUCCAUGUAGGCUCAACUUGAAUAGAAACUGAAGGAAAAAUACGAAGAAGUAA